UCGGAUUACCAGGAAUCGACAAUUGGAGCAGCAUUUUUUACUCAGGUUUUGUCAUUAAAUGAAGCAACUGUGAAAUUUGAUAUAUGGGACACAGCAGGGCAGGAACGAUACCACAGUUUGGCUCCUAUGUAUUACCGCGGUGUAUAUGACAUUACAAGCAUGGAUUCUUUUGUACGGGCAAAGAAGUGGGUUAGAGAAGUGCUAAGACAAGCAAAUCCAAAUUUGAUCAUAUUUUUGGUGGCAAACAAGGCUGAUUUGGAAGAACAGAGAAAAGUAGGAAAUGAGGAGGGGGAGGAGUAUGCUAAAGAAAAUGGCAUGUCUUUCUUUGAAACUUCAGCGAAAACCGCACAGAAUGUCAAUGAGCUCUUCUAUGAAAUAGCUAAGAGAUUGGCAAAAGCCAACCCUGCACGUCAGACUGGAAUCAAGCUGCAUGGCAGCACACGAGAAACUGGAAGAAGCCGGUUUUGUUGUUCUUAAGCUUAAUGGCAUGUCCUAAUCUUUUGUAAGAUAUGUGCUAUAUAUUGUACUCAAACUCACUCAAAAAGAAGAUAUGUUUGUUCAGUGUACAUUGUAAGAUCUCAUGCCCAAGAACUUUUCAUUUUAAGCUCUCACAUGCAAAGCUUUUUUUUUAAGCUCUCA